AUGUCAACGUCCGCGCCGUCACCCAAGAUAUCCUUGCCCCUUGCUCCACCGCCAUGGACCUGCAAAGCGACAGUCUACGUCCUCUCUUUCUACCACUUUGCCUCUUCCGCCCUUCCUCUGGACAUUGUCUACGACCCUCUCGAGCUCCAUGCAGCGUCAUUUAGCUCAGAGAAAGAGACAGGGAAAUAUGCCGGCGGUCUGGGCUUCGCGCAGAUCGUCAGAUAUAGCGAGAGUCCUGUAGGCACGUAUGACGAGCUGGCCAUACUACCAGGCUCCUUCUCAUCCGUUGGGCCUGAUGGCAAGAAAAGGAAGGAUUCGAGGAUAACAGGAAUCUGGGUCAGCCAAGAGGCAACUUUGAUGAAUGGGAGGAGGAAUUGGAACAUUCCAAAGCAUCUCGCGCGCUUUAACUUCACCCCUUCAGACCCAUCUACGUCCUCCCCAGUCAAAGUCGAAGUCUUUCGGGCGGACCCCAGUUCAACACAACCCUUCUUCUCCGCCACCAUCCACCCCAUAAGCUACCUCCCCUUCUUUUCAAUGUCUAGCACCUGGCUCUCGUACCUCGGUAUCUCAACCCACAUACUUCAGCCGCCUCUACCUCAGGGUGACCCUUCGGGAGUUGUCGUUGGAUCAGAAGAUUGGAAAAGGUCGCAUCCCAAGCUGAAGACCAGCAGAGCCAAGAUGGUGUGGAUAGACAUGAAGCAGUCGGACGAGGGUUGUAAGGCUGCUGAAACCGCGGUAGGCCAGGGUGAGGGUGAUUCGUUAUCGACAAAGCAUGAGAAGGUCUAUGAAAAUUGGUGGCCAGGUAUGAGAAGGUGGCAUUUGGGGCUGAUUUGUGAGGAUAGUAUAUUGCAGCUUGGUCAGCCCGAAAUAUUGAAGGGAUGA